GUGGAAAACAGUGGAAAUAUUAGUAUUGAUUCUAAUAAUAAAAUUUAACAUAUCAUUGAUAAACAUGAGAGCAUCAAAGCGACCCUUUUAUAACAUCGCUCAUAUGGUAAACUCGAUUCGUGAGGUCGACCAUUACAUGGGACAGGGAGCCAAUGCCAUCGAAACUGAUAUCACAUUUUCAAACAAUGGUUCGGCUCUGUAUGCAUAUCAUGGCUAUCCAUGUGAUUGUUUGAGACAUUGCACUGAAAGAGAAGAUUUUGGAAGAUUUUUAGGCUAUAUUCGCGAUAUAACGACUCCCGGUAAUCCAAGAUACAGGAAAAAUUUAGCCCUACUAUUCCUCGACCUAAAAAUAUCUCAAUUGCCUCCCAGUGCUAAAGCAGUGUCUGGUCAAGAGUUAGCCGCAUACAUAUCAACGCAUCUCUUUAAUGACACUUUUGGAUCAUCUAAAGUGAAAUUGUUAUUAUCUGUGGGACAUGUCUUUGACUAUGACUUUAUAUUAGGCUUUGAAAAUGAAUUAGAAAAUAGAAAAUUAAAUCAUUUGAAUAAAAUAAUUGGAUGGGAUGUUGGACUCAACGAUCCUCUCUUUAUAAUUGAAAGAAUGUGGAAAAGAGUGGGUCGAGUGAGGAACAUAUGGCAGGGCGACGGACGCACCAACUGUUUGAGCCCUUUCUAUAAUUUAGGUCGACUUACAGCUGCCAUCAAAAGGAGAGAUGAAACAAAUAUGAUGAGACCCGACCCUUAUAUUGAUAAAGUGUAUCAUUGGACUGUCGACCUGACUGUCAACUUAAGAUCAUCGCUAAGAACAUCAGUGGAUGGUAUCAUAACAAACCAUCCGGAAAGAGUGGUUAAUGUACUCAAAGAGAAUGAGUUCGUCAAGAAGUUCCGUUUGGCCACUCAAGAGGACGACCCGUUCAAGAGAUUUGUUGACGAAAGAUAUGACAAUAAAAAGGAGUCGACUAAUGAUGCCAUCAAUCAACCAAUUGGUAUACGUAUAGCACAUGGAAUGGGAGAUAUGUUUUCAUCAUUUGGCAAAUAUGUGGGAGACUUAGUAUACCUCAAAACACCUGCUCUUUUCGGAUUUAAAUCCAGAAAUAUUCAACAA